AUGAAGGACCCGCAGCUCACAGCCAUCAAAUCGCGCCUAUGGCCAAAGCAGAAAGUGAGCAAAACAUCCAAAGCCGAGGCUCCGAAAGGGGAAAAGAGCGCCAAGCCCCUGGCCUCUCCUGCCUUUUCUGCUGCCAUCCCACAGCUGACUGAAGCAGAUAGAAUGAGGCGGUCACCGUUUGAGAGGGUCGUCUACGACAUGGCCCACAAUGAGAGGAUCAUCAAUGACCUGAUGCUCGGUCGGAGAGUUGGCUUCUACGAGCUGCGUGGAGAGAUUGGGCAGGGAAAUUUCUCUACGGUCAGAUUGGGCAUUCAUGCCUUGACGAAAGAGAGAGUAGCCAUCAAAGUCGUGGACAAGCUGCGUCUAGAUAAGAAGACCCAGACAAUGACUUCCUCAGAGAUCAGCUGCAUGGAGAAGCUGUGCCACCCCAACAUAGUGCGACUUUAUGAGGUGUUCGAAACCAGCAGGAAGCUGUAUCUGGUGAUGGAGUAUGGCAGCGGUGGAGAUCUGUUCUCCCGAAUCACCACCAGGGGGAAGCUGAAAGACCUGGAAACCAAGCUGGUGUUUGCACAAGUAAUUUCUGCGGUUAAACACAUGCAUGACAACAAAAUCGUCCACAGAGACCUUAAGGCAGAGAACAUCUUCUACACCACCAGCUACUGCAUCAAGGUUGGAGAUUUUGGUUUCAGCACAGAGAGCGACCCUAAUGAGCUCCUCACCAACUUCUGUGGCUCACCACCGUACGCUGCUCCUGAACUGUUUAAGGAAAAAGGUUACAUCGGACGCUACUCAGACACCUGGGCUUUGGGUAUUCUCUUGUACUUCAUGGUGACGGCCACUAUGCCCUUCUAUGGGGACAACAUGGGGAGGCUGAAGCGCUGCAUCCUGCAGGGGGCCUACAGCAUCCCUGCUUAUGUGCCCGAUCCAUGCCAGCUGGUCAUUAAAGGCAUGCUGCGGCCUGUGCCUGCUGACCGCUCCACUCUCACACAGAUUACAAACAGUGCUUGGCUGAAUGGGAUCGAGUACCCUCGUCCGUAUGUCUUGCUGCCCCUGUCCCCAGCUCACUUUGCCCAGGCCAACCAGGCUCUGUGUGUGGAGGAGCAGGAAGUGAAGGGUUUGCUGUCAGAUCUUGGCAUUGUGACAGUCCAUUUCCAAAACAAUUCCUGCUUAGACUGUAGGAGCCCGCUGACGGGGACCUACCGGAUCCUUCUCCAUCAGGUCCAGAAGAGGAGGUCAAUGGAAGCUGUAGGUUAUUCAGCGCUUCACCCUGAUGAUUAUGGGAGUCCACAGAAGUGGUCUGUAGCAUCUGUGGGAAAACACACUCCCUCCGCUGUCUGUGUUGUAUUGUAA